AUGGCAACCAGACAUCACCACACGACUAACGGCGGUAUCAGCAACCGCCGGGCGGCCCGCAACGCGGCUUUCCAGGACAAGGUACGGCAGAUGCGCCUGCGCCUCGCCCCGCUCGUGCAGAUGUCGACCGGCGCCAUCCACCCGGCCUUCCCCGCGACGCUGCUCAACUUCUGGCUCCUCACCGAGGACCAGCUCGACGACCUCGCCCGCUUCUACCACCAGCGCAGCCCCUCGCCCUGGUCCGGGCAGUACCCCUGCCCCAUCACAUGGCAGUCCGGCCUCAGCCUUGAGGAGAAGCGUAGGAAGAUUGGAAAGUUUAUCGGUCUCAGAGGUUGCGAUACGCCUAUCCGGAUACGCAUCAAGACCGAAGAGCAGAUAAUGGAGGAAGCGCGGCAGGCGAGACUGGCGGAGGACGAGGCGGCCCUGCGAGGGAAGAUGCCCUGGUACUCAUGA